CCCAAAAACAUACGUUCUUACGCCUGAUUUUUAACACUGACACAUAACCAUCCCCACGUCACCGAAACAGACGUGUCUGACAUUUCAAACAUAUUUAUAUGGUUUUAGUGUUUUAAUUCUUCAGUCAAGAAAAAUGGUGCUCAUGACAUUGAUAGCGAGGGUUGCUGACGCCCUUCCACUAGCGGCGUCCAUGCAGGAAGAUGAGCAGCAAGGAAGAGACCUUAUGGAUUAUCAGAAUCAAGCCAAGCAGCUGUUCAGAAAACUCUCCCAAGACCCACAACCCCCAGCCCGCUGUAGUCUGGAGACGGGACCAUUUAUAUUUCAUUACGUCAUUGAGAGAGGUGUGUGUUUCCUAGUACUGUGUGAACAGUCUUUCUCCAAAAGACUGGUGUUUUCCUUCUUAGAAGAUCUACAAACGGAGUUUACAUCAAACUAUGGACAAAAAGUAGACUCUGUGUCACGACCAUAUAGCUUUAUAGAGUUUGACUCUUACAUCAAAAAGUCGAGGAAGAACUACAUGGACUCGCGUGCCAGGAAGAACCUGUCGAACAUUAACACUGAGUUACAAGACGUACACAGAAUAAUGGUCCAGAACAUUGAAGAUGUACUUGUGAGGGGCGAGUCAUUAUCUGCUCUGGACAGUAAGGCCAGUAAUUUAUCAGUCAUUUCUCAGAAAUACAGGAAGGAUGCCCGCUACCUGAAUCUGAGGUCCACGUACGCUAAAAUAGCAGCCAUUGUCAUUGUGAUCAUCGUUCUGCUGCUCUUCCUGAGGUACACCAUUUGGUGAUCAGUAAUCAGCACCAGUACUGAGAAGGCAGACAUUGUGAGGACCUGGAAUCAGUGCUGUGUCUUGUGAUUGUUUAUAGAAAUUUAGUUGAAGAUGAGGCUGAGACUUUCGGGGAACAGGGAAGUUCAUAAAAGGCGCUUUGUACAACUGGUAUAAAAGAGGUUUUAUGUGGAUGCAGCUUGGAAUAACACAAGGCAGUUUGCUUAAAAAACAGUCACUUCAAAUUUGAUUUCCUAUCUGUGAGGCUUGGAUAGUGAAUACUGUGAUACACUAAGACAGUGUUUUAUAAUCUAUAAAUGGUAUUCAAUGUAUUUGAAGUAUUUCCAUGUGUUCAUUUUGUUAGUGUUUUUAAGGGUUCUUUGUGUGACAGUACUAGUGUUCAUUUCACAACCCUUGUGUGCUCUUUAGUUUGAUAUGAGUUGAUCUCAUAAUUUAAAAAAGAGCUAAAUUUCUGUGGUAAAUUUGACCAGGUCUUCCAAACCUUAUGUAAUGCUAAAAAUUUGGGAAUAAGAAAUCUUUAACACAUUUAUCAUAAUCUGGGAUAGUAAAAAUUUGUAGCUUUAAAAAUGUUUAUUUUUUUAGGGGGGGGGGGGGUUAGUUUCAAAUACCGUAUAUAAGUUUCAUAAAUGUCCAUGCCUGUGUUAUAGAGGUUGUUAAGUGUAGUAGAAGUUAUUUGUGUUCAUAAAUUGAUGUGAAAGCAUGUCCUGUUAUUUAAUAUGAACUAUAAAUGAAAACAUGUAUGUUUGUUUUUAACAGGACAAUUUUCAUUAAAUUUUUUUCAUGAAAUCUGAAAUAAAAAAGUAAUUAAUUAAGAUUUUCAAAAUACAAAAAUACAUGUAUUAUACAAAGCUUGUGUUUAUGCAUGUUAUUUGCAGACAAUGGAUGUGUAUUUAUUUUUUACACAGGUUCUUUAGUAGGUGUGACCUGUGCAGUGUAUGUAUGUGUAGAUGUGAGCAUGUGAGUGGUGAGUGUGCAUCUUCAUGAAUUGUUGAUACCUUUAAUUUGUUAUGGCAUAAUGGAAUAAACCGAUUUUUCAUUCUC